UUAGUUAUGAGUGAUUGUUAAUGCUGCGCACAACAAAAUCCUGUUUCUUCUGAAAGGGUUUGCCCUUUGUGCAACUACGACUUGUGGAUCCCGAGCUUCUACUUGUACACCUCAGUAGAAACAUCGUGCUUGGAUAUUAAAGGGCACAAUUCAGUGAUGUCUAGAAACAGUUCAAUCAAUGACAAUGUCACACUCUCGUGUCCAAGCGAAUCCAUUGAUCAGUUCCGCAACCAGGUUUACUCCACCGUCUACUCCAUCAUCACAGUGUUUGGCCUGGUGGGAAACGGAUUCGCCCUCUUAGUGCUAAUUCGGACCUUCCGCCAGCGUUCGGCCUUCCACAUCUACAUGCUGAACCUUGCUGUGGCGGACCUACUGUGCGUGUGCACGCUUCCCCUGCGCGUGUUUUACUACAUCAACAAGGGGCAUUGGACCCUGGGAGACUUCCUGUGCCGAGUUAGCUCUUACGCACUCUACGUUAACCUCUAUGGCAGUAUAUUCUUCAUGACAGCCAUGAGUUGCACCCGUUUCAUCGCCAUCGUCUUCCCCGUCCAGAACCUCAGGCUAGUCAAUCCGCGCAAGGCCUGCAUCGUAUGCAUCUGCAUCUGGGUGUUCAUCUGCUCCACUAGCUCUCCUUUCCUCAUGUCCGGGGAGUAUGUGGACAAAGAAACCAAGAAGACCAAGUGCUUUGAACCACCUAAGGGAAGUGGGGGCCAGAGCAAGCUCAAGGUUCUAAACUACUUCUCGCUGGUGAUGGGGUUCAUUUUGCCCUUCCUCAUCAUCUUGAUCUGUUACGCCGGUAUCAUCCGCACCCUGCUCAUGGGCUCCAACGGUAUGAACAGAAGGAAGACCACCAACACCAAGGCCAUACGAAUGAUCGUCAUUGUCACGCUGGUCUUCCUGGUCAGCUUCAUGCCCUACCACAUCCAGCGCACCAUCCACCUGCACCUGCUGAGCCGCGGUGACGUCAGCUGUGAGGAGCAGGUCUACAUGCAGAAGUCAGUGGUGGUCACGCUGUGCCUAGCAGCUUCCAACACCUGCUUUGACCCCCUGCUGUACUUCUUCUCUGGGGAGAACUUCCGCAACCGCCUGUCCACUUUACGCAAAGCGUCCGUCAACUCCAGUACCCUGCCCCGCCACAGCCACAAGACCAUCCCCCAGAAUGUCGAGGACCAGGAUAAACUGAAAUGCUGCAAUGGCCCACAGGACAGCCUGACCACCGCUGACUCAUACACCAACCCCCAGGAGUGAAUUUUUCACAUAGGAUUAGAGGCAUUGGGAUGGUUAUUUUAAAAGGUCCAUGGUAUGGUGAGGUAUUUUUUUUUAAGUACCUCUUCUCAGUGUUUUUUCCUCCUAACAUGACAGAGGCUUAUUGCUGCAUGUUUUCUGUUUUGAGGAAAGGGUGUGUCACUGAUUUUUAAGGAAGCUGUCAGAGAGUGGUCUUCAGAAAUUAGAACUUGUUAGAGCACUUAGCUCUGUAGGUUUUGGGCAGAGGAGAUAGGGUGGACUGGUUUUGAUUAGAAAACCUGAUCAUUAUGAUGGAAUGAUCACCAGUGUUUCAGUAACAAUGUCUCACAUUGAUUUGCAAUUACAAGACUUCAUAAUUACUUACUAUUCACUUCAGCGAUGCAAAUAUUCAAUCCAUCAAAAAGUAUUGCUUCUGUUGGCUGAUACAUACUGUAGCAUGUGUAUAAUCUGGACAAGUUUGAGAACCACCUUGACAAAGGAAACUGUAUAACUGUCAUAACUGACUAUUUGAUCAUUGUGGGUUUCAUUUUGUAGGUUUUCUGACUGUGAGGGGCACAAAUAAGCAUGUAACAUUCAGAAUAUUGUGUAAAUAAAUGCAUCUUGUUUUACUGUGUGUCAUACUUUCACAAUGCCAUUCAUUUUAGCUUUUGAUUGUAUUUAAAUUUUACAAUGCAGAUGAUGAUGCAACUUGAGAACAUAACAUAGAUAAACUAUUAAGAAUGUUGUAUCAAAUCAUUAUGCAGGUGUGCAAAAUAUGUAUGUUCAAAUGUGGUAAUCUUGCAUGUAUUAAUGCAUGCACCUUUGUAUUGUGAGCACAAGACUUGACUGCAGAGUUCAAGUGAUGCUGUGAACAUGAACAUUUCAAAAUGAAUAAAGACGUUAUUUUCCAA